GCUCCUCCACUCUCUGCGAACUCCAACUCUCUUCGAACCCUAGAUCGAUCCAUAUCUUCCAUUCCUCUACCCCAAAAAUCUUUUUCAAUUUUAUUAUUUUAUUUUAAUUUCAACAGAGGCCGGGUUCGCACUUACAGAUCCCAGCUCCGCAUCUCUUUCUCUGUCGCUCAGUUCAAGCUUGAAGGAUGGGUGAAAUCAGAGACAACGAUGGGUACGAAGAAGAGCUCGUUGACUACGAUGAGGAAGAACAGAACGCCCCCACCUCCGUCUCCGUCUCCGUCUCCGCCCAGCCCAAUGGCGAAUCCGCCAAAAAGAUGACCUUGAUAGACGUUGUGGACUUAUCUAGUGAUGAUGAACUUGGAGAGGUGGAUGUGAAACCUGUUAAGCUGGAGCUAGAUGUUGUUGGAAGACAUGAAGAGAAGUGUAAAGCUCAACCUGUGAAGAAUAAAUUGUCAAAAACCCAACGUACUAUACAAGAUUCUGAAGAAAAUAGGAGCUCAAAUGCUUUAAGUACUGGUCACAGUAGUUCCAGUAUAUUAGACCAAGGGCAGUCUCCUGUUGAUGACACAGGCAUCUCUUCAGCAUCGCCUAUAUGUCCAGCACCACUUUGUCGGCAAUUUUGGAAAGCUGGGAACUACAAUGAUGGCAUCGGUUCUAAAGCCACUUUUCAAAAUGGCAAAAACUAUCUACAUGUCCACCCCAUGUUUCUUCACUCGAAUGCCACCUCACAUAAAUGGGCCUUUGGUGCCAUAGCAGAACUCCUUGACAAUGCAGUUGAUGAGAUCCAAAAUGGGGCCACUUUUGUCAAUGUAGAUAAAAUCUCAAAUCCAAAGGAUGGAAGCCCAGCAUUGUUAAUUCAAGAUGAUGGUAAUGGCAUGGAACCUGAAGCUAUGCGCCGCUGUAUGAGUUUUGGGUUUUCAGAUAAGAAGUCGAAAUCAGCCAUUGGCCAAUAUGGUAAUGGCUUCAAGACCAGUACUAUGAGACUUGGUGCGGACGUCAUUGUAUUCAGCCGCCACCAGGAUAAGAGGACAUUGACUCAAAGCAUUGGUCUUCUCUCUUACACAUUUUUGGCACGAACAGGACAUGAUAGAAUAGUAGUACCGAUGGUGGAUUACGAAUUCAACCCUACAACUGAGACAUUGGAUAUAAUGCACGGCAGAGAACAUUUUAUGUCUAAUCUCUCCUUGCUGCUACUGUGGUCUCCAUUUUCAACAGAGGCUGAGCUACUGAAACAAUUUAAUGACAUUGGAGCUCAUGGGACAAAAGUUAUGAUUUAUAACUUAUGGUUCAACGAUGAUGGGAGUGCAGAGCUGGACUUCGAUACUGAUCCCGAGGAUAUUCGUAUUAGUGGGGAUACCAAAAAAGUUAAUGCUAGACUUGGAUGGAAAGAAGUCAAUGAACAGCACAUUGCUAAUCGUUUCCAUCACUCUCUCCGUGUUUACUUGUCUAUCUUGUACUUGCGUAUACCAGCAACCUUUCAAAUAAUACUGCGUGGGAGAGUUGUUGAGCAUCAUAACAUUGCUGAUGACCUAAAAUUUCAAGAAUAUAUCUUGUAUAGACCUCAAACUGGGGGUACUGUGGAGGGUCAAGUUAUUACGACUAUUGGAUUUCUAAACGAUGCUCCAUAUGUCAGUUACCAUGGCUUCAAUGUUUAUCACAAGAAUCGUCUGAUACUGCCGUAUUGGCAGGUUGUGAGCUAUUUAGACAGCAGGGGUCGUGGAGUUGUUGGUGUUUUGGAAGCAGAUUUUGUUGAGCCGAGUCAUAACAAACAAGAUUUUGAGAGAACUUCUCUUUUUCAGAAACUUGAAGUCCGUUUGAAGGAGAUGACAUGGGAAUACUGGGAUUAUCACUGUGGACUAAUUGGGUAUCAGGUAAAGAAAAAGCUUAAACCAGUGACCCCACAAAGUGGCGUUCAUCAAUCUAUCACAUUGGGCCAAAGUUCCCCUGCUCUUGGUAGUAAAAACACAGUACUUGGAAAAUCUGGGCCAUCAAUUUCAAGCACCUUAAGGAAAUCUGUACAAGGAACGAUGAAGAGGAAAGAACGUGAUGAUAUUCUGCCGGUUGAAAAUGUGAAAGGGGCCAAGGUGAUCAAUACUGGGAAAAGUCAGUCUGUACAGCUGGGGAAUCCUACUGGAAAUCAGCUGAAAGAUCAAGAGGCUAAAAAUCUGAUGCAAGAGAACAACAAGCUGCGAUCUAAAUGCUUGGAAUAUGAGAAGAGGGAGGAGGAACUAAAUCUUAAGGUGGCACAGCUUAAGAAGGAAAUGAAAGACGUUGAUGAUGAAUACUCUCUAAUGUUAGCUGAAUUAGAAGCGUUGGGGGAUGUCAAGGAAGAAAAGGGUACAUAAAUCGAUGUAUGUAGUGUUGUAUCUCUUGUAUCUCUAAUUCUUUCAUUUGUAAAACCUUGUUGUAUCAAAUGAGUGUAGCCUGCAAUUUUCAUUCUUUAAGAUCGUAGGUUGAUGUAGGGAAAAAAGUGGCUUGUGCAUGAUGGAAAGAAGAAAGUCGAGGAAAAAGAGUGAUCAAAGUGAGGUAAAAUGGUGUAAAGUUGGGAAACAGCACUCAAAUCCGUAUCGGGUAUUAAAAAGUUUCUGUGGUUUUUGGGAGAUUAGAUUGAGCAGUUUCAAUUUUAAACUAUUGUUUGAUUAGGGCGUCAGCUUCAUUGUUCAUAUUAAACCGACUUCUACUUUCUUUGGAUUUGCUAUUGGAAGCCUUUGCACGUUGUGGGGUGGCUUCGAGUCUAAAUGAAUUGGGCAGUUGGUAGCAAAGCAAGGAUCCACCUAGUUUGAUGCCUUAGAAGGCUUAUGACGAGUGAGAAUUAAGACAGUCGCAUAUGAAAACAUUCUUCUGGUACUAGACAUGUCGAGAGUAGGAGCUAGAUACUUACUGGAGCAUUCUCUUAUUUUGUCGGAAUUAUAUACCGACAAGUCGACAACAUUCUCUGGUGCAAGAAUAUCCUUGGAUAGAAAUGGAGGAAAAUGUUUGGGACUGGAUUGAUUUUGUCGUUCAGACUGAACAUUAUUGACACACCACAGAAGACGACUCGUUUGAAACAUAGGAUGGAAAGGGCUUACUACAAGGAUGCUAUGGGGAAGCUCACCGCUUGAAGAUGUGGAAGGGAACGGAUGUUGUGUCCGGUAGCAAUGGUGGCCCUAAUUGUUCGGCAAAAGCUAUGCAAAGCCUCACUAGUAGACCUGUCAAUAAAUUAGAUUUUGAUUCAAAUCUGGUCUGGAAAUGUAGUUAUUGAACGAAUUUGGAUUGAUAAUUCAAUAUGUUAAUUUGUUCAAUUAGCAGAUUAAA